GAAACCCAAGAGGAAAUGACUGAGCCCGUCUGGGUCCCCGCCCGCCCGCCCUCCUGCCUGCGCUCUCCUGGCCACACCCUCUGCCUGGGCGCAGCUGCGGCAGCUGCCCUCUAUCCACGAGGCUGCUCGGACCCCGGCUCCGAGAUGUCGCCCUCUGGUCGCCUGCACCUCCUCAUCAUUGUUGGCCUGAUUCUCAUUACCAGAGGACAGACAUUGGAGGAGGCCACAUCUAUUUCUCUUGCAGUCACAACCACUGAGGACAUUCAUGCCAUGACUCAAACCCCAGAUACAGUUCACCCAGAACUCCAGACAUCAACCCUGCAGGCUAGUGCAGAAGUAACAGCAACCCAGACGAAGACCCAGACACAGCACCUGACAGGAGUGGAUGUGCUUCUAACCACAACUCCGGGGACGGAAGCCACUUACCCUGCUGAUCCCAUUAAAGGCAUCACACCCUCCAAACAGUCUCCAGACCAGGACUUCGAGGCAGACCCUGCCCUCAGGACAACUGGUUCAAGUGAGGAUGACCCCUUCUCCUAUGACGAGGUCACUCUCCGGAAACACGGGCUGUUGGUUGCAGCUGUGCUGUUCAUCACAGGCAUUGUCAUCCUCACCAGUGGCAAGUGUAGGCAGUUGCCCCAAUUAUGCAGGAAUCAUAACAGGUGAGCCCAUCAGAAGUGGGGACCAAUGACCUGAUGGGCACCAGAAACCAAGCCACCAGCAGCUCACCAUGCCCACCUCCCCCUUCCCCUCUCAGAACCUACAGAAUAGUCACUAAAGCCCAGCCUGAGAGGGAAGACACAGGUGGAGCCAAAGGCAGGGCUGAUGGCCUGAGCCCCCUACCUUCCCAACUCUGCCUGCCCUGAAGGCUGUAUAGCUCCCCAGGCACUGCCCUACUACACUGACCAUUCUGUUCAGCAAAUAAGUAAAGCACUGUAAUCUUUGUCUCAUGA